AUGAGGCAUAAUACAGACAAGAAAGAUCACACGCUUGACCUGGACAACCGUGUUGUGUAUCGGAAAGGAUCGGAACCAGACUUGGAGAACGAAAACGGCAACAGAGCGGCUAUCAACCCUAUGUUGUACCGUCAACCACCACCACCACCACCACCACAGCAGAAUGGGAUACCAAUUCCGAUACUUGUGGUUGAUCCGUAUUAUGGGAAUGAAAAUGAAGGAUACUUCCGUCAGCAGCCAAUCAGAAGAAGCAGCAGAAGUCCGGUGAUGGUGGUGACUGACUCUUAUCCGACACCCACCAACAAUAACAAGUUCCCAGCAGCAUUUCUACCUAGAAAGGCAGAGAAAAUGUCGUUUGAAGAGAAGGUUCUGAAAUGGCUUUGUAAAAUCCCUAUGGACUUUGAUGUUCCAACUCCUUACGUCGAUUGCUAUCCACCAACUGUUUCAUCGUCCAGUUCAUACGAAGUUAAUGGUGGUGUUAAUGAGGUCAUUGAUUAUGGCGACACAGAUCUUGUACUUGAACGUCAGUCCCAUGUGAUCACAAAGCUUUCAAAGAAGUUGUAUCAAGCAGAAAGAGCUGUCGCAGGAGAUCAAGUACAACAACACAAUGCUUCAACUCCUCCUCCACCCCCUCAUGAUAAUAAUAAUAUCGAACCACAAAGGUUAAACGGUCCGCUUAAUUCUUGGAUCAAUUAUCAACUGAAAUAUGUCUUAAACCCACGUGUUAGAGUGCCAUCAGAAGAUACUGGAGCUCAAGCUCAACAGCCGUAUACCAAGGGAUAUGUGGGUGAACAAGAGAAGUUGUAUCCUGAAUUGAUCAAACUUCUAGAUGAUUGUCAUUAA